AUGAUCCACCGCGAAGUAGCCGAUGGUCUAGAGCGUCUUUGGAACGUAAGAGUAAACUGCAUAUGGGAAGCCGAUGAAAGUAGUCGCCAUGGAGAGGUUUAUAUAUUCGACCAUGUAUUUAAGCAGGAAUGUACAAAUUCAGAUGUAUAUGGAUCUGUAGUAAAACCUUUAGUCGAUUCCUUCAUGGAAGGUUUCAAUGCCACAAUAUUUGCAUAUGGCCAAACAUCUUCUGGCAAAACACACACCAUUUUGGGCAAUAAAACAGAUCCUGGGCUUUUCCAAUUAGUAUCCAAUCAGUUAUUCCAGCAUGUGGCAGACCAGGUUGAUAAGAGGUACUUGAUUAGAUGCAGUUAUAUUGAAAUCUACAAUGAAAAGAUCAAUGACCUCCUGGAUAAGAGCAAUCAGGGUUUAACUAUAAGAGAAGAUAUCAAAGGAAAUGUGCUGCUUGAUGCAAGGGAAGCUGUCGUAGACAAUGUUGAUAAAGUUAUGGAGAACAUGAUGCAGGGCAAUAAGAUCAGACGAGUUGCAGCUACUCGCAUGAAUGAGAGGUCAUCUCGAUCACACACGAUUUUCCGGAUUAUUCUGGAGUCGAAAGAUGCCAAUCAGAAAGAUGGACCUGUACAUAUAAGCUACCUUAACUUAAUGGACUUAGCUGGUUCUGAGAGAGUUUCUCUGACGAAAGCUGCUGGUGAGCGUCUUAAAGAGGGGGCUAACAUAAACAAAUCUUUGUCAGUAUUAGGAAAUGUGAUAAGGCAACUAAGCGAGGGGAAGGAGUUUAUCAGUUAUCGCGAUUCGAAAUUGACUAGACUGCUCUCACAGGCUCUUGGCGGUAAUGCCAAAUCAUUGAUUAUCGGGAAUAUCAGACCAAUGAUCCACCGCGAAGUAGCCGAUGGUCUAGAGCGUCUUUGGAACGUAAGAGUAAACUGCAUAUGGGAAGCCGAUGAAAGUAGUCGCCAUGGAGAGGUUUAUAUAUUCGACCAUGUAUUUAAUCAGGAAUGUACAAAUUCAGAUGUAUAUGGAUCUGUAGUAAAACCUUUAGUCGAUUCCUUCAUGGAAGGUUUCAAUGCCACAAUAUUUGCAUAUGGCCAAACAUCUUCUGGCAAAACACACACCAUUUUGGGCAAUAAAACAGAUCCUGGGCUUUUCCAAUUAGUAUCCAAUCAGUUAUUCCAGCAUGUGGCAGACCAGGUUGAUAAGAGGUACUUGAUUAGAUGCAGUUAUAUUGAAAUCUACAAUGAAAAGAUCAAUGACCUCCUGGAUAAGAGCAAUCAGGGUUUAACUAUGAGAAGAUAUCAAAGGAAAUGUGCUGCUUGA